CGUCAGAUAUACAUGCACGCGAGCGCUAGCGCAGUCCAAGCCGCAAGCGCUUGUGCUGUGCCACCGCUGCGUUGAAUGCAUCAUUCAUCAGCGCGCUAGCUUCCAACGAAAAUGGGCAAGAAUGGCGGCAAGCAUCGGAGAGAGAAGAACAACGGCGACAUCGAAUUUCCCACGGAAGAAAUUGCACAGCAGGAGGUGGCAGGCGUGUCCAAACCUCAUCGUAAGAGCAAGAGCAGGAAUGCCGCAACUCACGAAGCAGAUGCUUUAAGCGGGCCCUCCAAGUAUUUGCUCGCUAGCACGGAGGGGUCCAGCACUGAAAACAAGCACGCACUGUAUCAAAGGGCGGUGCAGAGCCCCAAGGGCGACAUCAGCUACCUGGUGAAGUUCUUCUUGACAUACGUUGGGGGCAGGGUGCCGGUUCACCUGCGAGAGGACUUCUGCGGCACCGCUCUUAUUUGCGCCGAAUGGCUUCGGCCCGAUGUCCGGCGGACAGCCACCGGCCUUGACUUGGACGAUGAUGCGCUGCGGUGGGGCGCCAGUCACAACAUCGGAAGCCUGCCCGACGGCGGCGGGGGCAGGAUGUGUCUCCUCCUCGGAAAUGUCCUGCAGCCCAUUGAAUGCGCCCAGGAGAUACCCUGUGGAACGGUGGGAGAAGUUUCAGACGCUGGGGGGAAAGAGGAAGGGGCACCAUGCAGCAAUGAGCAAGAGAUCGAGAAAGGGUCACUUCAGGAAGCGAACGGAGCGGGGGAUGUGGCGGUUAGUCCCGCACCGAUUGAAGGAGAUUGGGAGAUGGUGGGCCAGAGCCCAAAAGGGGAUGCGGCUGAUGUCAGCGGGACCGGCAGGCAGCUCGAAUCGCUCAGUGUGAAUGGGGCUGGCGAAAAGCAGCGGGGGCCAAGACUCUCGAAACUGCACACGGCGGGGGCUGACAUCAUCUGCGCGUUCAACUAUAGCACGUGCUGCUUGCACAGCCGCCAGGAGCUGCUGCGCUACUUCCACCAUGCUCGGAAGGGGCUGAGCAGUCGAGGGGGUGUAUUUGCGAUGGAUUUGUACGGGGGGACGUCCUCAGAGUGCGCUCUGCGGUUGAAACGAAGAUUCGGGGACUUCACUUACACGUGGGAGCAGGAGGAGUUUGAUGCCGUCACCCGGAUGACGAGGAUCAGCCUCCAUUUUCGUUUGGAGAACACGAAGAAGACAAUCAAGAAUGCCUUCUCCUACCAGUGGCGCCUAUGGACCAUUCCGGAAGCCCGCGAGUGCCUUCUGGAGGCUGGAUUUAGCGCCGUCCACGUCUGGAUGCGGGAGAUGCCGGACCUCGAGGGUCACGACGAGGACGAGGAGGUCGAGGUGGAUGCGAACUCCAAGUAUGUGGAGUGCAAAAAGUUCUUGCAGUGCGAUGCUUGGAAUGCAUAUAUCGUGGCGGUGAACUAGCUGUGCCGUCAUUUUGAUUGGAAGACCUAACAGAAAAGAAGUGGCCGAUGUAUCUAAUAAUGCAGGAAAUGCAUACAUCGUGGCGGUGAACUAGCUGUGCUGUCAGUUUGAUCGGAAGACCUGACAGAAAAGAAUGGUUGAUGUAUCUAAUAAUUCACGCAAUU